AUGCGAUCACCGGCCGUCCGGACCCUACGGUGGGCGACACCCCUCCGCCCAUCAUGGAGUAGAUGCUUCACCGUGGCCCGGCAGGGCGCUGGUCCAGCUCUCCAUGCCCGGAGCCCAUCUCCGCGUGUACCUCCACGACGAUACUUCUCAGGAUCCUCACUGGCUCAAUCUAUCUUCGAUGCCGAUUCCACUAUCUAUGCGCUUUCAACAGCAUCUGGACGGGCUGCCAUUGCCGUUGUGCGGGCAUCAGGACCUGCAUGUGUGCAAAUCUAUAAAUCUCUCUGUCCAGAAGCACCACUCCCCCGACCCCGCCUCGCAGUCGUCCGCACCCUGUACGAUCCCUUUCAAAAACCCUCUCCUAAUACCGUCCUCGACGCCGGCGCCCUAGUCCUAUACUUCCCCGGCCCGAAGACCGUAACUGGCGAAGAUGUCCUCGAGCUGCACCUCCACGGCGGCCCAGCCAUUGUCAAGUCCGUUCUGACAGCCAUCUCACGUACAAACAACUCCGACUACACAGUCCGCUACGCCGAACCAGGUGAAUUCACCCGUCGAGCCUUCAUGAACAACCGCCUGGACCUCCCGCAGAUCGAAGCCCUGGGUGAUACCUUGUCCGCUGACACGGAGCAGCAGCGCCGACUUGCAGUCCGUGGUGCCAGCGAUGCUCUAUCGAAGCGGUACGAACAAUGGCGGCAUCAAUUGCUCUAUGCGCGCGGCGAACUGGAGGCCUUGAUUGACUUCUCGGAGGAUCAGCACUUCGACGAGUCCACCGAGGACCUGGUGUCCUCAGUUGCGGCUCAGGUUCGGGCUCUGCGGGCCCAAAUCGCCCUUCAUAUCCAGAACGCGUCGAAGGGUGAGCUCCUUCGUAACGGUAUAAAGGUCGCUCUUUUGGGGGCUCCGAAUGCGGGGAAGAGCUCGCUUCUGAAUCGGAUCGUGGGCAGAGAGGCCGCCAUCGUUAGCACCGAGGAAGGCACCACGCGGGAUAUCGUGGAUGUCGGUGUCGAUAUUGGCGGCUGGUACUGCAAGCUCGGCGAUAUGGCGGGGAUUCGCUCGGAGCCUAACGAUCCCACCGGCCAGAAGAAGACAGUCGUGAUUGGCGCCGUGGAACAAGAGGGCAUCAGACGGGCCAAGGCUCGUGCCUUGGAAUCGGACGUGGUUAUUGUGGUCGUCUCAGUGGAAGAAGCCACCGAUGGUGCAGCAACGUACCGCCUCGCCGUCGAGCAGGAGGUCGUCGAUGCUGCUAACGACUGCGCCCGCGCAGGCAAAUGCGUCGUCGUAACCAUCAACAAAUGUGACCGACUACCGGAGGGUAAACUUCCCCCGCAGCUCAUCGAGACAGUCAGCCAGCUUUUCGAAGCGGUCCCGGACUUGCGCCAGCGCAUCUUCGGCAUCUCCUGUCUAGACGCCACCAACGGCCUGAACCUAACCAGCCCCGGUCCCAGCCAGUCCUCCGAUCCCGGCUACAUCCAGCAAUUCCUACAAGGUCUGAUGACUACAUUCGAGGAAAUAGCCUCCCCAACAGGGAUCGAUGGAGAUGAGAACGGACAAUACGAUCAUGCAUAUUGGGAAGAUUCACUGGGCGUGACGCAUCGCCAAAGUUCUAAUUUACAACGCUGUCUCGAACACCUAGAUGAUUUCCUGACCCAAACUCAACCGCAAUCCCAGACGCCUCUACCCUCUUCAUCUCGCCAAAUCGCUCAUGAGUACCCGGAAACAGACAUGGACAUGGACAUUGAUAUCGUCACCGCCGCUGAACAUCUGCGCUCUGCCGCUGAUACCAUGGCGAAGAUCACGGGCCGUGGGGAAAGCGGAGACGUGGAAGAUGUUCUGGGCGUUGUGUUUGAAAAGUAAGUUUUAUGCUGUAUAGUGUAGUAGUGUGUGUGUGUGUGUGUGUGUGUUGUUGUCAUUCUUGUUGCUAACUCAUCGGAAUAGGUUCUGUG